AUGAGUGAACAUUCAACAGCAACGAAAAUGACUAAUUCACAUGCACCGACACCAUUAGGUUCGGUCGCUAAUACUCUCAGUACUCAACAUCACCAAAAAGUUGAACCAAUCGACUAUACAGCCGAUGAAAGUAUGAUCGCAGAUUUUAUGGCUGUUUUACCUCAGCUUGAUCCAAGUGAUUCAUCUUCGACAGCAACAUCUCCGACAUUAAAAUUAAAAGGACAAACAAACGACUCAGCGAAGAAAUUCGAUGCAUUCGCUGCUGCCGUUCAACAACAAUUUUCGACUGUUCAAUCAUCUUCGUCAUCUCCACCAGCAGCGAGUCAACUUGACUAUCAAAAUAAUAAACGUCGACGUAAAAUUGAACGUCCUGCGCAAAAACGCAUCCGCGGUUCGUAUAAACUUGUUUCACCCGAACAAAAAACGAGCGCUUUGUUCGAUGGUUCUCGCAUCAUUUCCCGUACCGACUGA